CGACAGUCCCAUUGUUUACAAUUUGCAAUGAUCUAAGCGGCCUCUCCAAUAAACAUGGCGGCGAUCAGAAGGAAGUGUGACAAUAUUGUGUUUAUAAGUGGCAACACACUGGCUGUUCUCGACUUUCGAACUCGAGUGUUGCAGUUUCUUCAGGUUCCAACCAUAGAGGAACAGAAUCCACAGGAUGAAGAAGAAGAAGGCAAGAAAGACAAAGAAGAAAGUCUGAACACAGCCACAGACAACACCAUUUUGGCGUCUGCUUUUUCCCCCUCUGGAUUGUACUUUGCCGUCUGCGACAACCAAAAGCAGCUGCACCUGUUCGCUACUGAACCGGAGUGGACCCUGACGGACACACGGUCUCUGUCUCGCCGUUGCACCAGCAUUGUGUUCACGAAGGAUGAUACUACAGUUAUCGUUGGGGAUAAGUGCGGAGAUGUCUACUCCAUCAAAGUGUCGGAUUGGGAAAAACCUGCACAGCUCUGUCUUGGUCACCUGUCAAUUCUUCUUGAUGUUGUUCUAGUUCACAAUGACCAGUACAUAGUGACAUGUGACCGCGAUGAGAAGAUCAGAAUAAGUCACUUUCCCAACGCGUACAACAUCCACAGCUUCUGUCUGGGGCACACAGAAUUUGUGAGUAGUCUUGUGUAUGCCAAGGAUGAUGACCUACUUAUUUCUGGUUCAGGGGACUGUAGUGUGAGAGUCUGGUGUCUAGAUGGUAAAGAGCGGUGCUGUAUCAAGUCUCACAUCUGCUCACAGUCACCAGCAGAGGGGCAGCCAUCUGACCUUGAGGAAAAUACACAGUCAUCUGACCUUCAGAGAAAUACACAGUCAACUGACCUUGAGGGAAAUACACAGUCAUCUGACCUUCAAGGAAAUGCACAGUCAUCUGACCUUCAGGGAAAUGUACAGUCAUCUGACCUUGAGGGAAAUGUACAGUCAUCUGACCUUCAGGGAAAUGCAGGUCUUACAGAGCAACCUGCAAUUGAGAAGAUUGUCUACAACAACAAGCAUAAGCUCCUAGCAGUCUCAGUAAGCAGACAAGCUCGUGUUGAGAUGUACCAGCUACAAGUAUCAGAUUCUUCUGUCUCUCUCACUCUCCUACAGACCUUGACCUUCAACACAGAUCCAUGGGAUAUUGUUUUUGAUGACCAUGACCUUUUGUGGGUGCUUCUACCAGUUGAAGAUGCAUUGUUAAAGGUGUUUGAAUUGAAAGAAGACAAAGAAAAUCAUUGCAUAACUGUAUCUGAAGUGUGUGAUAACAGUGCUGUUGAAGCAUGUAAACAAACCAUGAAUAAACACUGGACAUUCUUCAAAGUUUCUCUUGAAAAGCCCAGUGUAUUGCCCUCGCUGUGGAAACAAAGAAUUGACAAUGUGUCAGACUAUUUGCUGAGAAAACAACAGAGACUGAAAGGUGAUGCAAAUGGGGAAGAACUCUGUAAAGUUAAAACUUUGAUUCCAGAAAAAAAGCUCAAAGCUUCAUGACAAAGACAUCAUCUAUCAGAACAUCAUUCUACUCCAAAAUUAGCCAACAUUGUGGCAGAAAAAACAACAACAUAAAAUCAUAUAUACUCAACAACGAAAGUUUAGCAAAUAUCUUUUAUGACAUCUAAAUUUGCCAUGGUUGAAUAAACUUAAAAGAAAACUAGAUCUUCCUGCUGUCUUAAGGCAAAGGUUGAUGAGUUUAUGUUGUUUGUAAAUGGUAAACAUUUCAGAUGCGAAUACUAAUUACUAAAAACAGGUUAAUUAAUAAAUGUUAUGCCAUUUGUUUUAACAUUAGCUAAACUUUUGUUGUUGAGUAUAUAUAAAGCAGAAGACAAUGGUCUCACUUGAACACACUGUAUCUUAUGAAAUGAAAACAAAUGGUUCAAAGUUCAAGUCAUAACUAUAUAAUGAAUUGGUGUUAUAAGCAUGUUAAUUGUUCUGGACACAGGAUCUACCCUGGGUCAAAUCGCUGGCCAUGCCAGGGAUAGGACCCAGGGGGUACAUGCCUUAACCCUCAUGGAUAGAGGCAUGUAAAACAAGUUUGACUUGACUUGACUGGACACAGGUCAGCAUCUGACCAGGUGACCAAAGUGAUCCACCUCAAAUUUCAUUUUAUUUUUUUAAGACCAACUUUGUUUUCAGGAUCAGAGAUAACUUAAAACAUGCAGGUCACCAAGAAAGUGUGAGAAGGGAGCAUUUCCAUAUCUGUUAUUACUUGUACAUGUAUGCCAGAUGUAUGGUCGUUUAAUAAAGAUCUAUUUCCACUA